AAUUAUUAUUUUGAUUUGAAAUAUGUAUAUAAAGUUUAAAUUUUGUUUUAUGGUUAGUUUAGAAUAAAAAAUUUUAGGCAAUUAGAUUGACCUAUUUUGGUAUAUUUUAAAAGUGGCCUAGAUAACUUUCAAUUUUUUUAAAAAAUAUAAGUCCAUUACUUUUUUUCUUAAUACUACUAUCCUUGUUUUCAAACAAAAAUAUUUUUUUUAAAAAAGUCUGCAAUCCAUGUCUCCAAACACUCUAAAUUUUUUAAUAGUCUUAUUCAAGUCUCCAAACACUCCAAUUUUGUACUUGAGUUUUAAUAAGAUAGAUAAAGUUAGAGAUGAAAUUUAUUUUAAAGAAAGAUAAAAACAAAAACUUUUGUGUAUGUUUAUAUAAAAUUUAUAUAUAUGAUAAUUAUUAAUUUAUGAUUUUAUUGGGACCAUUUAUUUAUCUAAGAAUUUUUAAAAUAUUAUUAUCUUAUUUAAUUUUGUCAUAUUUUACUCCAGCUUAACUUGUGAUUAGAGAAAUUUAUUGAUUUAUCUUGUUUAUUAAUUUAUAAAAUAUUAAUUUAUAGAGUUUUUCUAUUGUAAAUAGUUUCAUAGACUUAUUAGGUAAUAUAUAUUUAGAUUACUUUUAAAUACUCUAUCAAUCAUAAUCUCCAUAAUUAGGUGAGAUUAGAGUUAACUUGUAACUGAUCAAUCUUAAGUCAACAACUUUCACAUCUACCAAUAUCUUUUUUUCUGGUAUCUUAUCUAGCAAUAUCUAGAGUUGACACCAAUAUCUCGAACUCAGUAAGGAUGGAUGUAAAUAUCUAAAUACCUUGACUUUGCAGAUCUGAUGACAAACGUCCUAAUUUGGACACUAAGAUAAUGGAAUCAAUCCCAAGGCUAUUAAGGCAAUAUAUCGCGCGCGGAUUCUCAUAGUUCCCUUAAAUUUUCGAGACCAGCGUUUCAUAUUCGUUUAUAAAGACUCAUCCUUCUUUUUCAGUAGAUUGUAAAUUAAGUCGGAGAUAACAAACAAACAAACAAAAAACAUGAAUCUAGCAUUGGCCUUUGUGGUGUUACUCGCAAUUCUUGUGUCGGUGGCUGACGCUGAGUGGGACGACGCUCACGCUACGUUUUACGGCGACAUUAACGGCGGGGAAACCAUGCAAGGAGCAUGUGGUUACGGAGAUCUAUUCCAAGAAGGUUAUGGGUUAGAGACGGCCGCGCUAAGCACGGCGCUCUUCAACAACGGCAAGACAUGCGGCGCUUGUUUCGAGCUCGUAUGUGCAAACUCAAAAUGGUGCAAACCAAACGCCGGUUCCAUCACAGUCACAGCAACUAAUUUCUGCCCACCCAAUUACUCCCCACCGCUUAAUACACGUUGGUGCAACCCUCCAAACAAGCACUUCGAUCUAUCGAUGAAAAUGUUCGUUUCCAUAGCCGAGUACAGCGGAGGAAUAGUUCCUGUGAAGUUCCGGCGAGUGAAGUGUCAGAAGAGAGGUGGUGUGAGGUUUGAGAUCAAGGGGAAUCCUUAUUUCAUCAUGGUUUUGGUGUAUAACGUUGGAGGUGCAGGAGAUGUAACUAGUCUGGCUAUUAGAGGGAAUAAUAGUCCAUGGAUCCCUAUGCAGAGGAACUGGGGACAAAACUGGAAUACUGGUGUGCGUUUGGUGGGACAAAGACUCUCGUUUUUGGUCCAAACCAGUGAUGGUAUGCGCAUGACGUUCGUUGAUGUGGCGUCAGAGAAUUGGGGGUUCGGUCAAACUUUUGAAGCAAGUCGAGCAACAUUAAACUUUCAUUAGACUUCAGAUGAUUUUAGUUUCUAGAGUUUUUAGUUGGAAGAUACUAUUUCAUCAUUAAAUAAAAACUAUAACAUUCCGGUGUGGUAGUAUAUAUUAAAAACUGUGAUUUAUAUUUUUUCAGUCGAAAACUUUAAAAUGUUUAAAAUGUAAUAGUGGAAGAAAAAAAUAAAUUAUCAAAAGUUGAUUUAUUAUAUGAAACCAAAUUACAGAAAAAGAUUUUGUGUUGAUUGUAUAAUGAAUCAAUUUUUGUUUUUUGGAAAACUGAUAUUUGGUCGGAUGUUGAAUCCCACAAGCCGAGUGAGCAUGAGUGAAGGUCCACUGACUGUCGUGGCAUUACAAAAACAGGGUUUGUUUUAAGAAACGUUUUCUAUUUUAGAGUAGGCAUGGACAUUUGGAUAUCAGAUCGGGUUCGGAUCUGAUUUUUUGGAUAUCAAAUAAUUCAAAUAUAGAAAAAUUGGUACUGAUCGGGUAAUUCUAAAUUUCAGAUCAGAUUUGGUUUGGCAUUUGUCGGAUCCAGAUAUUUUUUGGUAUAUCCGAAUGAACCAACAAAAAUUCGGUUCCGAUUCGGAUUGACUUGUUAUAAUCCAAACGUAUAGAAAAAUAAUCGAUUUUAACCCAAAUAUUUGGUUUGGAUCUGGUUUUUAUAUCCAAACAUGUCCAAGAAUAUCCAG